AAAAACAGCAAAGACUAGAGAGAAGUUUCCCCCUUUGUAUUUCUCAAAAUGUUUUUUAUGUUCUCUUGAAUUGAAUCUCCUCGUGCUCUCUCUGCAAUUUAAUUCCAUCUCUCUGCUGCUCUCUCUCUCUAGAUUCCAUCCUUCUAGAGAGAGAACUCGUAAGCAUCUAAAUCUCGUCUCUCUCCCUCUCUCUCUGCUCGUAGUUGUGGAGAGAGACAGGGAGAAAUCACUUAAUUUCUGUUAUAAAUUACUGUCAGUUGUGUUUCUAUGGAGUAAAUUAUAAUUAGCGAUAGUUAUAGAGUAGUUUUUGUUUUUAUAGGUUGAUGAAAUGGAGUAUGUUGGGAGGAAGGUGAGGAAGGAGUGUCCAGGGCUUGGGCUUUAUGAAGGGACUGUCAAUUCCUUUGAUUCGGAGUCGAAUUUGUAUCAGAUCAGCUAUCGAAACGGAGAUUCCGAAUGCUUGAAACUGUCCGGGUUAGUGUUGAUUUUGGUGGAGGAGGAUAGGGAGGAAUUGGCUGGUGCAGUUGACCUCAUGACUCAUAAGCGGCUUAAAUUUGAUGAUUCGAGUAAUUUCUCGAGUAGUCUUGUUGUUGCUAGUGUUAAUGGUGGUGGGAACUGUGGUAGAGAUGAUCGUAUAGUUGAUUUGAAUUUGAAUGGGGGUGAGAGUAGUGGUGGUGGGAGUAAGGUGGGAUUGGAUUUGAAUGUUCCGCUUGAUGAGGAGGUUGGUGAGUGUAUGGAGUUAGAUGGAGGAAAGGAGGGAGAUAGGGCUCACAUUAUUGAUUUGAAUGUUAAUGUUUGUGAGGAUGUGAUUGGGGAAAUGAAGGUUGUUGGGGAUGAUUUGGAAAAUCCGAGGAAGGAACUCGGUUUUGAUUUGAAUUGUGGUGUGGAGAUUGAGAAGAAAGAGUUUGAUGGUAUGGAAGAGAAGGAGGUUGAUGUUUCUUGUGAUGAUGUAAAUGGGGAGGAUAAGGGCAUCAGUGUAACUCCAGUUGAUCCUGCUGCUGAUUAUAGUGGAACGGUGUAUGAAGUUGGUGCGGUAGGAGUUUUGGAGGCACACCGUGUGGAUGAAAGUGGGAGUUUACAAUAUUUGACGAUGGAUCGUUCAAAUCCCGGUUCUGUUGCUGUUGAUAUCUGUGACAAGAAUGAUGAAAUCAUAUCCAAGGGUAACAGUAGGAAGAGGAGGAAAAAGACAGAAUCUGCGGAUUGUGAAACGCCAAUGGUAUUGAGAAGAAGUGCUCGCAGAGGAACGCCUGUGAUAGCAGUUCAAGUCGAUGUUCCUGCUGCAGUGAAACAUGAGCCACAGUCUCCCCAAGGCAGGGUAGUUGUUGAGGAAAAAGAUGUAGUGUUGGAUUGUAAAGAACCGGAAGAGUGUAAUGAUAUUCCUACAAAGCCGAAGUUACCGCCAUCUUCAGAUAUUUUAAAUUUAGAUGAUAUUCCUAUCUGUGACGUUUUUUCCGUUUAUUCUUUUUUGAGGUCAUUUAGUAAUUUGCUGUUUUUGAGCCCAUUUGAGUUGGGUGAUUUUGUGGCAGCUCUGAGAUGCAAGACUCCUACUUUAUUGUUUGAUUAUAUACAUCUUUCUCUAUUACAAAUUUUGAGGAAGCAUUUAGAGUCCCUUUCUGAUGAAAAUUCUGAAUCCGCUUCUAUUUGUCUAAGGAGCCUUGACUGGAAUUUGUUGGACUUAAUCACAUGGCCUGUCUUCAUGGUUGAGUACCUUUUAACACACCAUUCUGUGGUGAGCCCUGAUUUUGAUUCAAGUCAGCUGAAGUUAUUUGAAAGUGAUUACUACAAACAACCAGCAGUUGUCAAAAUUAAGAUGCUUCAAUGUUUAUGCGAUGAUGUGAAUGAAGUGGAAAUAAUAAGGUCCGAGCUUAAUAGAAGAACUCUGACAACUGAUCCUUCUAUGGAUUUUGAUCGCAAGACGGCAUUUGAGACUCCAAAGAAAGCAAGGGCUGUUAUGGAUGUUUCUGGGACUUCUUGGAACUCGGAGGUUGUUGAUGAAACAGCAGACUGGAACAGCGAUGAAUGCUGCCUUUGUAAGAUGGAUGGUAGCUUAAUAUGCUGUGAUGGUUGCCCUGCAGCAUUUCAUUCAAGGUGUGUUGGAGUUACCACCAAUCUUUUGCCUGAGGGUGAUUGGUAUUGUCCUGAAUGCAAAAUCGACAAAGGUAAUCCCUUGAAAAGAGUUGAAAAGUCAAUCCGUGGAGCGAUACUAUUGGGAACUGAUCCUUAUGACCGGCUAUUCUAUAACAGUUGUGGUUACCUGUUGGUGUCAGAUUCAGAUGACAUUGAAUUUCCCUUCAGAUACUAUCACGUGAAUGAUUUCACUGCUGUUCUUGAAGCAAUAAAGUCAUCACAUAUAUUUUAUAACACAUUGUUGACUGCAAUCAUGAAGUAUUGGAACGUAUCAGCCAAAGUAACAAGUGAAAUUGGUUCACAGACUGUUACUGUUUCCAUUGACUAUAUGGGUGAGAGGCAAAUGCCUGCCAAGCCUCUAAUUCCUCGGGUAUCAGUACCUUUGGAGACUUGUCAUGAAGAUGAUACUCGUGAUAAAGGAAACCCUCUUGACAAAUCAUCAGUAUCUCCAAUUUCUGGUAAUUUGGGGUGCGAGAUCUCGGAACCAGAGGUUUUGGAUAAUUCUAUGAAUGCAAGCUUUCAUUUUGAAAGUUCAGGAGGGGCAGCUGAAAGUUCUCAAUCUGUUAAGGGAACUCGAAACCUAAAGAACAAGGGUAUUUCAACUGAACCCAAGGUUCUAGAAAACUCGAUGUAUGAUGGAACUACUGCCUUGAUGUCUACCAAUCUGGAUGUUGUAAUAAAAAAGGACGCACAGUUUGCACAUUCUGGUAGUACACCAUUUAAUUUAAGAGUAGGUUUAGCACAUGGUCAUUGUGGCUUAAAUUAUGUGAACUUCUACAGUUUUGCUCGCACAGCAUCAUUAGCCGCAGAAGCAUUACUGCACAAGGCCUCAGAAAAAGUCUCUGAAAAAUCUAGAAUGUCAAUUGAAGAAUUAAUAUCAGCACAGCUGAAGGUCUUGUCUAAUAUUCCAAUCGAGUAUCGUUGGUCAAGUAUUCACAACCUAGAUGUUGAGAAAGAAAAAUGUGGCUGGUGCAUCUCGUGCAAAUAUCCUGAAGAGGGUGGGGAUUGCUUGUUUGUUACUAAGGAUAAUGGCCCUUUUCUUAAAAAAUUCACAAGUGAAGUGCUAGAUGCUCACUCUACAAAUGAAGGCCAUCUUAUAGAUCUAAUCUGUCAUAUCCUUUGCAUUGAAGAUCGUUUACAUGGCCUUCUACUGGGUCCAUGGCUGAAUCCACAUUAUUCUGUAAUUUGGUGUAAAGCUAUCUGCAGGACAUCUGACAUUGCCUCACUGAAACACUUCUUAGUCACUUUGGAAUCAAACUUGAACAAUCGGGCACUUUCGGCCGAGUGGCACAAGCAGGUGGAUAAUUUUACUUCACUUGGCUCUGCAUCUCAUAUCAUGAGCAGCUCUCUACGCCUGUCCUCGAAGAAUGGAAUUGGUCGAAGAAGGCCUAGAUUUUCUGAUUUAGAGCCAAAACCAUCUCUAAAAUCUGCUAGUGGAUUAGUUCAAUUGUGGUGGAGGGGUGGUAGGAUUUCCCGAGGGCUAUACAAGUGGAAGGUUCUGCCUCGAUCUUUAGUAUCGAAAGCUGCCCGACAAGGUGGGUGCACGAAGAUACCUGGCAUAUUUUAUUCCGAAUCUUCAGACAAUGCAAAGAGAAGUAGAAGUGUUGCUUGGCGAGCAUCUGUGGAGGCAUCAUGUAACGUACAACAGCUUGCUCUCCAGGUCAGAGAGCUUGACGCCAAUAUUAAAUGGGAUACCUUUGAAAAUAUUCGACUUCUUUCUAAGAUGGACAAGGAAUUCGGGAAAUCAGUCAGAUAUUUUAAAAAGGUUAUCAUCCGACGGAAGAGCUUGGAGGGGACAAUAGGGAAGUAUCUUCUUGAUUUUGGCAAGAGACGGUUUAUUCCCGAUACUGUUGCUAAGCAUGGAUCCAUGCUUGAAGAACCUUCAAGCAUGAGAAGAAAAUAUUGGCUGGAAGAGUCAUAUGUUCCGCUGCAUCUCUUGAAAGCUUUUGAAGAUAGAAGAAUUGCCCGGAAGAUCUCCAAAACAAGCUCCAGUAAACAUCAAGAGAGUGAAAUUGUGCCUAAAACGUUUUCUAAGAAAGCAGGAUUUGCAUAUCUUUUCUCAAAGGCUGAAGGAUCGGAAUAUCACCCAUGUGGACUCUGCAAGAAAGAUGUUCUGAUCAGGGAGGCUGUACUUUGCCAGAAUUGUGAAGGAUUUUUCCAUAAAAAGCAUGUGACAAAGUCUACUGGAUUAAUUAAUUCAGAAUGUACUUAUACAUGUCGUAAGUGCCAAGAUGGGGCCUGCAUCAAAGUUGGCAAAAAGAAAGGAAGGCCAAAGUUGCAAAAAGGCAGUACCUCCUUCAAGGGCAAGAGGUCACUGUCCUCUAAAAGCAGCACAGCUUCUGUCAAAGGAAAGCAACCCAGACAAUCUAAAGGCAGCAUGAAUAUUGUUGUUCCUUUGCGGCGUUCAACGAGAAAAGUUAAAUUAGUUUCACGUCAGAGCGAAAGUGUGGGAGGCCGAAAGAAAGGGAAGCAAAACACAUUCAAUAAGGGGAAGAGACCAAAGAAACCAAGAUACCCCAAGAAAGCAAAAAAAGCGAAGAUGACUCAGAAGCAAACGUAUACAAUCCCAAGUGUUUUGCAGAAGAGGAAAAGAUCGGCUGUAUGUUAUCCUUACUGGUUAAAUGGUCUUCGGCUGAGUAGGAAGCAGAAUGAUGAAAGGAUCAUGCAAUUCCGGAGUGGAAAACUUAUUCUGGCUUUUGAGCAAACGAGUGCCAUCCUUGAUAAGCCUCAGUGCGGUCUUUGCUGUGAAACAAAACUUGUAUCGACGUUGAAUUAUGUUUGUUGUGAAAUCUGUGGAGAGUGGUUUCAUGGCGAUGCUUUUGGGCUUACCGUUGAAAAAACUGGAAUGCUUAUUGGAUUUAGGUGCCACAAUUGCCGAACUAAGGCUCCUCCAGUUUGCCCCCAUAUGCAUGUCAUAGGAGCUGAUGAAGGUGAAUUAGAUGGGUCAUCUGCUUUUGGGAUUCAAGGCAGUGAGGAAGCUUAUAAGAGUCUUGCACCGGAAUAUGAGAAUGCAGGAACUGGUGCUGGUUUCAGUCAGAUUCUAGAGCAGCGCAUAGAAUGUGAGCACUCGUUAGUUGGUUUGGAGCAGAGUACAGAAGGAAAACAUGAUGUCAAGGAAGAUAAUGGGAGGCUGGCGAACAUGCCAAUUGGGGGUGAUGAAAAUAACUUGAUGGAAGAUGCUUUACUCGGAGAGAGUGGACCUUCUGUAACAGAAAGUACACUUUCUGAGAGGGAACGUCCAUUGGUCGACUCUAAUGUUGAUAUUCCUGAUAAGAGCUGAUAUGUGCGGGGUGCACCCAUGUGAAGAUAGUGGCAUGAUAGAAUUAAGUUAGAUUCUGAUAGAAGAUCCAGCUCUCAUAGCUAGAAGAUGUAUGUAUUGUAGAUUAUGUUUGGUUUUUAUAGUUUACUAAUGUCAUGUACUGUACUAACAGGCAUAGAACUAAACCAAUUGUGAACCUCAGUAUCACAACAUUCUAGACAUAAACUUCAACUCCAAUGCAGAUUCUCAACCAGAAAAAAAAAGGAAGAAAAAAGUAAAAAAAAUUGGUUUGAGGUUUAAACUUAAACCUUUAUAGACAUUUGUUUUCUGA